AUGAAACUGUUCAAAUCACUGGCCACCUUGGCCUUGUUGACCCUUUUUGUGGGCGACGAGGUCUGGGGGUCUCCCUUCGCAACUAUCGAGCCAUGUCCCAGUGCUACGUCGAUGAGUCUUACCCCUAUCACUGUGUCGGCCCAAUACCAGCCAGUCACAACUUGCCAAGCUACCAUUGGCUGUAUCAAAGGCAAAUGCUCGACAAUUUAUGGUUUUACGACGUUCCCAUACGUAUCUACUGUGGUACCCUGUGCUUGGGAUGGAACUACAACGCGCACAACCACGGUUACCGAUGUUUCGCAGCAACUCAUCGCCUCGACUCAUAUCGAGACCUUGACUAAAACCAAAACUCUACCAGCAACCCAUCAAUUGAACUGGAUGGACUUGUUCAAGGGUCAACGAGCGGACACGAGCACCACCACACUGUAUCAAACCGUCACUAGACAAGCUAUGGCACCAUUCAACGCCAUCGGUCCACUUGCGAUUCCUGACUGGAAUGGCAGUGGUCUUUGCGAAAAAUGUACCGACGAUGACGGAGCUCUCUCGCAGCUUCUCCUUGUUACUGAAUGUCGAUCCGGCACCAUGAUAUCUGGGAAAGAAUAUGAAAAGUGUGUAGAAUGGUAUGAGACCUUACUCAGACAGCCUCCCGACAGUGUCACUACGGGGGCUUUGUGCUCAAGCGCAGGUUUCAUCCCACACGCCGGGUUCCAUACUUGGACGUUCCCACAGAGUGUUCCUCCUACAACGGUAACUACUACGGCAACGGUCACUCUCACCAUCAGUGGCCGACCAACCAUCUCGAUUCAACCGACCAUUCGAGUGAUUCCCGGCAAGAGUUGGGAUGCUGAGGUCACAAAGUCAUUCUCCAGACCGACGACAUUCAACUUCCAGCUGUAUGUGACGAAGGUGCUUGUCUUUGAGGCCCUUCCCGCGACACAUACUGCAGGAUAUCCGCAUGCGAUCUCAGUUCCAAGCGGUACACAUGGCAACGGCGGAAGUGAUUGGUGGCCAUUACCCACAGAAGGUUCCGGCUGGUUUUCUUCUACCAAUGGUCAAGCUUGGGAGGACUGGACUCCGACAGGGCCUUCAACGACUCCUGCAAUGACAAGCUCCAGCAUGACGAGCUCCAGAGUCACAAGCUCUAGCCUCACAAGCGUACGCACUUCAAGCUCAAUAACAUGGGUUACCACAACGAUUCCGUGGACCGGUACGACGACCAAGACAAUCACAAUACCUCCAACAGGCACUGACCCGGGAACGGUUAUGAUAGAGACACCUACAUCCAUUGUUACCACGAGUUUUUCGAGUACCAGCUCAACGUCGUGGGUCACUACAACAAUUCCGUGGACCGGCACAACAACAAAAACGAUCACGAUUCCGCCCACUGGUACUGUUCCGGGGACAGUAAUUGUGGAGACCCCAACUCCUGUUGUUACUACGAGCUUUUCGAGCACGACGUCGGCUUCGUGGAUCACUACCACGGUCCCCUGGACUGGUACGACGACAAAGACAAUUACUGUUCCACCCACUGGGACGGAUCCCGGAACGGUGAUCGUAGAAACCCCAACCCCUGUUAUUACUACUUCCUCUGCACCAGCGAGUUCAAGCUCUACGACGGUGUCUACGGUCACUUUAACCUCCAAAACAAGCUCGUCUUCGACCACGGCAUCAUUGACUACUUCGCAGUCGACUAUGAGUUCUAUUGCCCCCACGACAUCGACGACUACAGUAUCAUCCCCGAGAUCUACAACUUCAGUGGUCUCGACUUCGACAGUGUCCACGGCGAGCUCUUCGACUUCUUCGACUUCGCCACCAUCGACCACGGUACCUUCUACAAGUCUUGAGGCCUCAUCCUCGGCCACCACACAAUCUACAUCGACAAUGCCCACAACCAGCCCUAUGAUUUCUUCGUCAACAACGCCUUCAGAAUCCUCUACCACUAGUACCACACUAUGUCCAUCAUCUGGCUCGAGCACUCUGUCUGCAGACGGAUCAACAGGCGCUUCGACGAGAGUCACCGUUCCACAAUGUGCUUCGACUAUGACUUUUACAGUUAUCGGUGGCCACGGCGGCGGUAAUGCCGGUGGCCGUGGAGCAUUAGUAAAAGGAUCAAUCGAAGUCAGUGGCGGCGAGACGUUAUCUCUAAUUGCAGGCGGUGCCGGUGCAGUUGCAGUUGCUGGACAAAGUAACUAUGGAAGUGGUGGGACUGCCUCCGAAGGUGGCGGUGGUGGUGGCGGCGCUUCGGCCUUAUAUCUGAGCAACAACCUGCUCGCAGUUGCUGGGGGUGGUGGAGGACAAGGCAAUCCAAUCAGCUCCACUGGUCAAGCUCCACCUUCAAUCAACUACUCGAACAGCGAGGACACCAGUGAUGCUGGCACUCCUGGGGUGACACGCUACAUCGAAUCACUCGACGGCGGAACUGUUGCAACAUCAGAAGGAGGCAGGCCAGGCUCGUUGACUGGUCCUGGCGCAGGCGGCAUGACCAGUGGUUAUAAUACCGGAAAACAGAACGGCAACAGUGGAAAUGGGCAUGAUGGUGGCAACGGGAUACCAGAUCUAUACCCUCCAGCUAAGGGAAGCCCGGCUGGAGGUUCAGGCGGCGGGGGCGGCGGCUACUGGGGUGGAGGAAGCGGAGCCAACCUCUACUACACCUACACGACCACGACUCAGGUCAUGCCAGCAGGUGGCGGGGGCGGUUCCAGCUAUGUUGAUGCCACAGUCUCUGAUGGAUCAGAGAGCCUGAGCACAGAGACAGAGGGCAGCAUUGUUGUGGUCUUUUCUUGA